GCGUCGCUGCCAUUUUAAGUUGUUUGUUCUGGAUUCUCCUCUCAAACGCGACUCUGCCGGGACCCGGGAGGCUCCGAGGCCUUCGCCGCUUCCGCAGCCACCGGUGGCGGGGAACGAGACUGUGCCGCUGCGGACGCUCGCCAUCCGCUUGGCUUUCCGCGUCCUUAUCUCAGAGACGCACUUUCCUGAGAGCCGGAGCCGACGUGGGGAAGGAGGACUCGAAAGCAGAUGCUUGAACUGAAAUAACUUUAUUUCGGGGUUGACUUGGCUGACAGACCCCCUUAGCUUAGGGCUUCCUUCCCCCGCUGCCGGGACCAGCAUCCUCCUCCUUUUCCUCCUUUCUCUUUCUCGCCGCUGCCCCCGUCCUCCCUCCGCCCCGGGGCGCCGAGCCAGACUAUGGGUCCCAGGCGGGGGCUGCGUGGCGGAAGCAGCGCGGGCGGCCCGGUCCCAGUGCGCACCGUAGCGGGGAUGGGGGGGCUCAGUUGGCUGGUGGUGUUCUCUUGACAUGGCUCCUGCCCGAGCCGCGAGCAGCGCCCCCACCGCCGCCGCCGCCUCUUCCGCCGCCGCCACCGCUCCGCCAGCGGGCUGCGGCUAGAGGGCCCGCCCCACCCGAGUCGGUCCGCGAUCCCGGCCUCCGUGGACAGGGAGGGGACUCCCCGCCUCCCAUCCGCCCCUCGGGAAUCCCACUAACGACCCCACCCUAAACCAUCCAAACUCGGGAAACAUGGUCUGUUCAACGUGAGAGAGCUAAUCCGGAACCCGGGAACUUCCAUUUCUUUUGUUGGGGGGGGUGGGAUGGGCAUACUUUAAAAAGUAAUAUUAACACAACUGUUUUCUUUUUUUCCCCACUGAUCCUUCCCAUUUACCCCAUCUCGCCUACUCUACCCGGGCGGGAAUUGUUUCCACGAUGAAAUGAGUGAAAACCUGAGUGAUCCUGUGUCUCCCGUGGUGCGAGUGAGUCGCUGCCGCUGAAGGCAAAGGGUGGGGGUGGGACCUGGUGGGUGGAAGGCAGGUGGUCCCCGGGCACUGCCUGGAUUUGGGAGAAGAACCUGCCACCUUUGCCUCAGCAAUGCCCACGGAAAGAUAAACUCCCCACUGUCUGGAACGGGGGCAAAUUCAUAGGGAAGGCUCCCCUGGGGAAUAUAGGACUCCUCGCGGGGUUAGUGGUGUUGGGAUCCCUAAUCAGGUCUGACCACAGAGCCGGAAUAGUUAUUAUAUUGUGUUAUAUACUCCCCUUUCUCUCUGCCAUCAUGAUUCUCCUUGGCAGCAGCAUUAGCAGCUACCUGAGGGUCAAAAUGUGGGUGAUGGGGAAGUUGGUAAUGACUCCGCUGUUUUUUCUCAUGGCUCCUUUGGGCAACAGCUGCCCGCCCCCGGUAUACACUGUAGUUGAUUGCAGGGAAACCCUGAACCUCUCCCCUUCUUUCUCUACCGAUUUUGCACUUUUCUCUUUGCUCACCACCAAGUGUAAUCAAUAACAAGCACUGACAAUACAUAGCAAUAGUGAAACCUGAAAUAACUAAGAAUUAAUUAGGUACUACAGCCAUGGAUCUGGCUGGGUAAAAUCCAAUUGGAUAUUUCAGUUUCAUUCACUUUCCCUGUUUUGGUGGGGAUUUGUGUUUUUUUCCUCCUUUUUUUUAAAUUUGGAAAGCAAGGCUCACACUCCUCCCUGCCCUGUUCUUUUUCAUAAUCCCUUUUCUAAAAAGGGAAAAAUCUGGAUGGGUUUUAAGGAUUGGGCUGGUGUCAGCUGUGUUUUAUUGCACACCUAAAUCCUGGUAAUAGGCUUUUCAUUUCCCCCCAAGCCUUUAUUUUGGCAGUUACGCCAAAUGUGUUUUCUGAAAAGUUAGUUCAGUAUUUUCUCAGUUUAUUGCCUUCUUCCCCUUCCUUUUCCCCCACCCAACCCCAAACAUUAUUGUCCAAACAUGACUGGACAGCGGCUUUUGUUUCUUGACCCUGUCAUAUGAUAGUCUGCUAAUAUUGCCAGAAGGUGCAGUUUUUGGGUUACAGUCGUGAUUUUAGCUAUUCAAUCAUAUUAGCAGGAAAAAAAAUGACUUGUUUCUGUUGUACUUGAGUCUUAAGAAAAAGUACCCAUAGUUUAGUGACAAUUUCCAAAGGCUUUAGUACCACCUGUAUUUCAAAAUGGGGGACCCAAACUCCCGGAAGAAACAAGCUCUGAACAGACUACGUGCUCAGCUUAGAAAGAAAAAAGAAUCUCUAGCUGACCAGUUUGACUUCAAGAUGUAUAUUGCCUUUGUAUUCAAGGAGAAGAAGAAAAAAUCAGCACUUUUUGAAGUGUCUGAGGUUAUACCAGUCAUGACAAAUAAUUAUGAAGAAAAUAUCCUGAAAGGUGUGCGAGAUUCUAGCUAUUCCUUGGAAAGUUCCAUAGAGCUUUUACAGAAGGAUGUGGUACAGCUCCAUGCUCCUCGAUACCAGUCUAUGAGAAGGGAUGUAAUUGGCUGUACUCAGGAGAUGGAUUUCAUUCUUUGGCCUCGGAAUGAUAUUGAAAAAAUUGUCUGUCUCCUGUUUUCUAGGUGGAAGGAAUCUGAUGAGCCAUUUAGGCCUGUUCAGGCUAAAUUUGAGUUUCAUCACGGUGACUAUGAAAAACAGUUUCUGCAUGUACUGAGCCGCAAGGACAAGACUGGAAUUGUUGUCAACAAUCCUAACCAGUCAGUGUUUCUCUUCAUUGACAGACAGCACUUGCAGACUCCAAAAAACAAAGCUACAAUCUUCAAGUUAUGCAGCAUCUGCCUCUACCUGCCACAGGAACAACUUACCCACUGGGCAGUUGGCACCAUAGAGGAUCACCUCCAUCCUUAUAUGCCAGAAUAGAGUACUGACCAGCAAAAUGGAGACGAUCAGAGUGCAGCAGCAAUUAUUUUCUUGUUUUCUUACCACUUUAUUCUUUCAGAGUUUAAAGAAAAUGGACUCAUGCACAGAACACUAUGCAUUUUGAAACUUGUUCAUCCUGGAUUUUUUUUUUAAAAAUCAUUUGUAUCUCAGAACUUUAAAAAAAAAUUAGAUGUCUUCUGCAUGGACUGUGUGAAAGAAGAUGCUUUGUAUCUUUGCUGCACUGCAUCAGCAUCUUAUAAAAAUGUGAAGUGAAAGGACUAUGUACACUGAAAUGCUUAAAUGUAUCCGAAAGCACAAGGUGAUACUCAUUUUUGAUGGUCUUUCCAUUUGUGCUGGCUUUUGCCUCUUGACAUCUGUCAUCAGUAUUUAGAGGGUGAGACGUGAAAGUAACAGGUAUAAAUAACAUUUUAAGAAACUUAAUAGCUUUGCUAUAAUCACCGUUGUUCCAGGGCACUGUCAGAUUCAUUCUAAUAAGUGGUUUAAAAAAAAAUAAAACCACGGGAAAGAAAUCUUAAAUGAAAAAAGCAUCUCAUUGUAGGCAUUCUUGCCUCAUUUUACUGGGCCACGUUUGUUUCCUGGUACUCAUAAAUAUAUGUAUUUUAUUUCCAGAUCUCUUUCCUCAAGUUGCUGUCAUAAAAGAGUAUUCUGCUGGGUGUUGAUACAGUUUAGACCCAUUAAAGCAGAUCUGGAGUCUGAAAUAGCUAAAGCAGCUAUAAAACUGAGAAAUACAUUCAUAGCUGCUGAAACCAUGAUAGGUAGAGGACUUUCCUUUUUGGUUUUUGUUUUCUGGUUUUAAAGAGAUUUUUAUUACAAAGAAAAAAAAUUCCAGUGAAUUGUGCAGAAAUACUGGUUUCUACACCAUCCUAAAGAAAAACUUAGGGGUUUUUUGGAGUAGAAAAAAGUCAUUAAAGUUGGAAUCUUAAAUUGUAAAAACAACCAUUGAGAGUCAAAGUUCUAAAAGCAGAACUCACUUUGUGCAAUGAACAUAAGGAAAGACUACUGUAUAGUUGUUGUUUUUUUCCUUUUAAAUGAAGAAAAGCUUUGCUUAAGGGUUGCAUACUUUCAUUGGAGUAAAUCUGAAUGAUCCUCCUUUGGAGUAAAACUUAGUGCUUACCGGUUUCCAAUUGUAUUUAGUUUCUGGUUGGAAUUUGAAAAAAUGAAAACCUAAAUAAAAUAGGUUUAUGUUCCCUGACUAUCCAGGUGAAUACACAAAA